ACGGAAAUGAGAUGGGCAGGAGCCAGAGUCCUGGGAGUGGAAGGGAGGAGUGAGGAGUGUGGAACAGGGACACUGAGCAGACAGGAGACCGGCAUAGCUGGGCCUGGGCAACAGCAGCCAGCCACACCCUGGAGGGACAAGAAGGGUCCACACUCCCACUGGAGGGGCCCAGGCAGAGUAAAAGGAUCAGCUGACCCAGCUCCAGGCCCUGCUCACUCCCAGGAGGCAUCGGCAGUGGGUCCAUCUGUGCCAGUCCCCCACAGCCACCAAGUGCCACAACUCAGAGGAGGCUGCCUGGACAGAGAUGGACCUGCAGAGCCAACCCAGGAGGGGCCAGGAGGGGCCAGGAAGGGCAGGGAGGGGUCACAGCUUGGAAUGACAGAACAAGAACAGCAAUGCGAAUCCACAAAAAACAACCUGAGCUUGAGAACCAGCGGAUCAGGAAGAUCCCUGAACUUGGUUCAAGCCCACCCGCUCGGGCCCUCCACUUUCUGCCUGGAGAGAGGGUGUGAUAGCCCAGCUGCUGUCCAGAUGGAAAGGGGCGGAGACACUGACCAGCUCACAGCACGGGGCCAUUGCAGGUGGGAGGAAACGGGGCAUCCCACCCCUGCUUUCCAGGGAGGAAGCUGGCACACCUGCAGCCACCCCUCCUCCUCAGCAAGAGCCAAAACCACCCGACAGCGAGGUCUACACUUAAUUUUGGUGCAGGAUGGUCCAGGGGAGCACCCAGAACGGCCUGCCUCCCAGUACCUGUCCCUGUCCACUGUGAUGCUUAUUAGCCAAAGGCAGGUGGCCAGAGGCUCCACACCAGGUCCACCAGGUUCUCAGGAGGCAGGCAGUGCCCAGAUGCCCUUGCUUGGCAGUAGGACCUGUGCCUUGCAGGGGGGCAGGGAGGCUGGAGAGGGCCCAGUGUGAGGCCUCCACUGCCCCUGGUCCCCUCCGGUCCUAGCUUCAAGGAGCCCUCUACCAUUAUGACAGAGUCUGCCCUAGACCCAGCCAAGGCCCCCACCCCACCAUCCUCUCACCUCUCAGCACAGACCUGGCCAUUGCACCAAGGGCCACGCUGGGUCCCCGAGACUCCCCUCACUGAUCCCAACCUCUCCUCUUGCCCCUGGCUCCCAUGUUUGUGGACACAGAGCCAUUUCAGAGUUCCAUGCCUUUGCCUGUGCCAUUCCCUCUGCCUGGAACACCUGUCCCUUGACGCUGCUCUGCCUGCAGGUUCAGGCCCAGCCCAAGUGUGGCUCUCCCGAGAAACCCCUACAGGUCAGGAGAGUCUCUCACCCUGGUCUCCCCGUGUGACUGCAUCCAAGCACCAGUCACCAGGACAAAGCCUGACUCACAGGACAGCCUCAUCGAUGGGGAUGGAUAGAUGGACGGGUGGAC